UUGAGUCAUGUCAUAUGCCGUAAUCAAAACCCAUGAGAGCAGUAGGUGGAUUAACCAGUGUUACCGGGGGAAUGGAGUCACUCACAAGCUCCACCCAUCCAAUGACACCUAAAUAAAACACAGUUUCCAUUAGGUGUACUCCACACACCCCAUCAGCAGAGUCUUACCACGCGCAUGACUACAUCUAAUAAACCAAGAUUUGACAAAGCACCACGUUGAGGAGUCUGUGGAAUACAUUAACAAAAAAGUAGGUCUAUUUCUGUUUGAAGUGACAAAACCUCAAACAUCACUGAUGGCUGUGCGACUGAAACAUCACCGCUACAUCACCGCGCUCCUGGGCUCCUCAGCCAUCCUGUCAUUCCUGUACUUUCAAAACUCAUCAAUGGUUUUGAUGGACAGUUCUCACGGUUUAGUCUCAGAGCGAGCUCCGUGCGCAUGCGGGAACUGUGUGACAGACCAAGGAAAUAGUAGAUGGUUCAGUGACCGUUAUAAACCCACCGUUCCACUUCUGCUCAACAGCAACAACAGUGUUUUACAUGCAAACGUCUCCAGGUGGUGGAAGGAGCUUCAAGAUGUACCAAAUGUCAGCAACUACACAGAUGUGGUGGACCAGCUGUUUUCUCUCUUCCCCGAUGAAGAACACUACUCAGAUGCUGGUCCAGAUCGCUGCAGAACCUGUGCGGUGGUGGGAAACUCUGGGAACCUCCUGGGAUCUCACUAUGGGCCUCUCAUAGAUUUCCAUGACUUUGUCAUAAGAAUAAAUAAAGGCCCAACAAAAGAUUAUGAGAAGGAUGUAGGAUCUAAAACCACUCACCGGAUUAUGUAUCCUGAGAGCGCCAUGGACUUGGACAACUCCACCCAUCUGGUGCUUUUUCCCUUUAAGAUUCUGGACAUGCAGUGGCUUUUCAGUGCUUUCACCACUAAGGACAUAACACAAACAUACACAGAAGUUCCAUCAACAAUCAAAGCAAAUAAGGACAAGGUGAUGAUCCUCCACCCUGAAUUCAUGAGAUAUGUACAUGAUAACUGGGCAGAAGGUCACGGCAGAUAUCCAUCUACUGGAUUCUUAACGCUGAUAUUCGCUCUUCACAUCUGUGAUGAGGUGAAUGUUUUUGGGUUUGGAGCUACAAAUGACGGAAACUGGCAUCAUUAUUUUGAUGAAACUUUGACUCCAUUUGAAAAUGAUUCUCAUGCUGGAGACUUUGAAAAUAAAACAAUCAGUCGGCUCCAACAGGAAAAGAAGAUUUUGUUGUACAGGGGUUGGACAUGAAGCAGGUUCUUGGAGAAACUCUACCGUUGUACUGCACAUUGCGAUUAUUGAAUUUUGCCGAUUUGUGCGGCAGAGACUUUAAGGUCAUAUUCAUCUUGAGAGGUGCAAGAGAUCAACUUUUCUGAAGCUGAGCUCCACUAUCAGCAUCAACUGAAACUGUGGCAUUAGCGGAUUGAUUUUUCGGUCCUGCUUUAUAUUGGGUGCCUUUACUAUGUACUAACAUUUAAAUUAAUUAUGGUGUACAUAAUGUUUUUUCAUUGUAGCUAUAUUUAAAAAAAUAAUGCAUUAAUUAUAUUUAUUUUUUAUUUGUGUGUGUGUGUGUAAGUACAGUUAAAGACACUAAAUAUAAAGUGUGACCCAUUUUCUUUUGUUUAGCCAGUCAGGAUGUUCGAACACCACAGACUUUUCUGGGAAACUGACUCACAAAUGUGUUGUGGGUUUUUUUCUGAAUAUUAACCUGGAGUAGCAGGGCUCCAGACUAACAUUUGAGGGCAGUAGCCCCGGUGCCACUAAGUUUUACAGAUGGCAGCACCAACACCUGAUUUGUUAGCACUACUAUAUUAUCAUACUGAACUGACUGAUACCUUGAGUGAUUAUAAAAGGAGUGUUCUUUACUUACUUUCUGUGUAAUUCACUCGCAAUUUGAAAUAAAAAUUUUGUUUUUCUUGA